AUGGUGUGCGUGUGGUUUGCGGCGGCGGCGACGGCACUCGUCUGCUCGGCCGUUUUCGCGGCUAACCCGUGCAGCCAACUGCAAAACGGCACCCUCAACAGGGAUGGAGGGUUGGAAUCGCCGGAAGGCUUUAUAGGGGAGGAUGAGGCCUGUGCCUGCCCCGGCGACAAACCCUGUUUGAGGCUCUGCCAUAAAAGUGUUGAUGCAGACGGAGGUUUCAAUGAAUCAUUCAGAAGCGGAAAUAUGAGCAGAGAGAUGCAGCUGGAAGUUUGGGAGAAAAAUUCCUCCCGCCAAGUCCUUCUGUUUGACCACUUUGCGGUUGUUCCCGAGUCAAAUUGCCAGAGAGCAUUAGAACCUAUAAAAGAAAUCACUUUCUUCCUCAACGGCAGCAUUCAAUCAAACGAAGUUGGAUGGCUGCUCCAUCCAGAAGAUUUCUGCGUUACUCAAAUCAAUAAUUCUCUGGAGGGUUUUUACUGUCUUUACCCUGCGGAAAAAGGUUGGCGGUUUUACCUGUAUCCACCGUUUUUCAUCCUGAGUGCGGUUUGCCUGGCGCUCACCUUGUUCUCCUACCAAUUUUGCCAAGAGACGAAAACGCUGCACGAAAAAGCCAUUUACUGCCAAUCGACCGCCCUUUUCUUCUCGUUCGUCACCCUGACAAUAAAUUACCUCACUGGCGAGACGUCCCAUAUUCAUGUCUGCAAAAUUCUAGCUUACACGAAUUACUUCUUCCUGCUGGCGUCGUUUUUCUGGCUUAAUGUCAUGUGCAUCGACAUUUUCCUCACCUUCAGGAGUUUGACCGGAGUUUCUAGACCCAAAUAUUGGCAGGCAUCGAUAUACGCUUGGGGAAUUCCUUUCCUGCUUUUAGUAACCACAAUCGUGUUUGACCAGAAAACUAAAGGGCCCUACAGCCCAGGCAUUGGAGAAAUAUCUUGCUGGUUCAAUGGUAUUUUUGCGCAAUUAAUCUACUUCCACGGGCCUGUGAUUGCUCUGCUGCUGAUAAAUCUAGUUCUAUUUGGACUAACAGCCUUCAAUUUGUGGAUCGUGAGCUCCGAGUCGAAACGCGUCCUGCAAUCACCUGAAAGCAGCAAGCAGAAGAUUUGUUCAAAUCAGGAGAGCGACCGGUUCGUUCUGUUCAUCAAAUUAUUUUUACUGAUGGGCUGCACGUGGCUGAUGGAAAUCGUUUCUUGGGCAGUCGGCGGCGACGAGAGUAUUUGGUAUUUGCCGGACAUGAUCAACAACACUCGCGGCGUGCUCGUCUUUUGGUUCUGCGUGUGGUCGAAAAAGGCGUUGCGCGAAUCGCUGCUCCGGAUGCUCUGCAAAAAAUGCGCGAGAAAGGAGAAGAAAGAAGCGAGCGAUCGAAAUGCGACUGGAAUCAAUGUCAACAUCACGCAGUUUUCUGGCAGUUCUUUAACCUUGCAAAGUGAAAUUUAGGAUUAUUAUUUGUAAUUCUGUUUAUAUAUCGAGCCAUUUGUUCGGGCUCUCAAUUUACGAUGUUGGAAAGAAAAUAUUGAUUAGUUGUGACAAAUCCUUGUUACAUUUUCCUGCUUUUGCAAUUUAAAGUUUUCAUGCUAAUCAAGCACUGCCUCGAUAUUGUAAAAUUAAUAAUAUUUUUUUAAUUUUUCCUCUUAAUCAGCACAUGAGCGGAUAGAUCGAAUUCAAGUGAAAAAUCAACUUUCAAACGUCUAAAUUGGGUCUAUGUAAUAAUAAAAAAGUAAUUUAAAUAAAGGA